UAACUUUUCUCCAUACAUUGUCUAAUCUAAUUGUGGGAAAAGGCAAUUACUUCGUGUUAAAAGAGCUAGGUUCUUUGUUGCAUCUUCGAGGGACGCUCAUCAUCUCAAGAUUAGAGAAUGCCACUGGACUCAGGAAUGUGAGCGAUGCUAAGUUAAUUGAAAAGUUCAAUCUUACUGAGUUGCACUUGGAAUGGAGUGUCAACGUGGAUGAUUCACAAGACAGAACAAGUGAAUUAGAGGUACUUAACAUGCUACAACCAAACGAGGCUUUGAAAGAGCUCACUAUUAGCUGGCAUGGCAAGUGUGAAGAAUGUUGAUAAAGAGUUUUAUGGGAAUGGUUCCUCGCAACCUUUUAGUUCCUUGAAGAUUUUACAUUUCGAGGAUAUGAAGGAAUGGGAGAAUUGGAGUCCUAAUGGGGGGUUCCCACACCUACUUAAGUUUUUUAUUGGAAAGUGUCCCAAGUUGGAGAAGUUACCAAUCGGGCCAUCACCAUCACUCAAAGUCAUUUCCAUUGAAGGCAUGGACAAUGUAAAGAAUAUUGGUCCUGAGUUUUUUGGGGAAGGUUGCUCACAGUCUUUUGAAUCCUUAGAGUUUUUAAAAUUCAAAGAUAUGAAGAAAUGGGAGAAUUGGAAGCCUAAUAGAGAGUUCCCACACUCAUGUAAGCUUUUUAUUGAAAAUUGUCCCAAGCUAUUGUUGGAAGAAUUACCAAAUCACCUUCCUUCACUAAAAAAUGUUCAGAUACAUGGAUGUCAAGGGUUGCGGCAUUCAUUUUCAGGCUUUUUGGCGAAUGAGGUGUUUUGCAGAAGUGAGGCUGAUUUCCGUUUACUAAUGUCCAAUUCUCUUUCAUGGAUUCCAGAACGAUUAAUUUUUGAUAUAGAAAGACUAAGUUUUACAGAUUUUAAGGAGAUGACGCAUUUGUCGUCAAAUGUGUUGGCAUUACUACAACUCCUCCCCUCUCUUCGUGUUAUAGCGUUUAGAAACUGUCCAAAACUAGUUUCUUUGGGAACAGAAGAAGUAAAAGAGCAGCCACACGUGUUGGCAUUCCCUUCCACGCUGAGAGAAAUUGAAAUCCGUAAUUGCAAUGCCUUGGAAUCUUUACCCGAGGCAGUGAUGUACAACAACACGUGUCUUGAGAAGAUUAUGAUUUUUGGAUGUGGAUCGUUGAAGCACUUUGAAAUAGAUGGGUGUCAAAAACUAGUUUCUUUAGUAGCAGAAGAAGUAAAAGAGCAGCCACACGUGUUGGCAUUCCCUUCCACGCUGAGAGAAAUUGAUAUCAGGUAUUGCAAGGUCUUGGAAUCUUUGCCCAAGGCAGUGGUGUACAACAACACGUGUCUUGAGAAGAUUAAGAUUUCUGGAUGUGAUUCGCUGAAGCGCUUUGCAAUAGGCCAGCUACCUCAAACUCUAAAGCGACUAGAGAUAAAAUAUUGCGAGAAUAUGGUGAUUUUGCUAGGCGUUGAUGAUACCAACAGUCGCAAUAGCAGCACAUCUCUUCUUGAGUACUUGUAUAUUGAUAAUUGCCCAUCUCUUAAAUCUUUGGGUAUCCCAAUGGGAGAAUUACCUGCAACACUGAAAGACAUCACCAUUGAUGAUUGUGAAAAGCUGGAGUCAAUAGCAGAGAGCUUCCAUCCGGAUUCGUCUCUUGAAGAAAUUGUUAUUAACCGUUGUAAAAGCCUUAAAUCCUUACCCAUGGGCAUACACACUCUCAACCAUUUAGAGAAGGUUUCAAUUUUUAAGUGUCCAUCUCUUGUCUCCUUCCCGGACAGAGGGUUGCUCCCAGGCAACAUUAAGAAGUUAUGGAUUUCUGAAUUGGGCCUACACGACAGCAUACUCAGCAUCACCUCACUUCAACAUUUGACAAUCUCGAAUUCCAACAACAUUGAGGCCUUGAUAGAUCGGGGGUUGCACAGGCUUACCUCUCUUAAGUAUCUUCAAAUUAAUGGAUGUCCGAAUCUGGUGUCCUUUCCUGCAGAGAAGAUGCUGCCUGCGUCUCUUAGUAGCCUCACCAUCAUACGCUUCCACGAUCUGAAAUUGCUGUCUUCCAAAGACUUUCGAAAUCUCACCUCUCUUAAAAUGCUGUGUAUCAAACAGUGUGAAAAUCUCACAUCCUUUCCAGAGGAUGGCUUGCCUCCAUCGCUUGAGAUACUCCUGAUCAGAGGUUGUCCUCGGCUGAAAGAAAUCUGCAAGAAAGAUAAUGAAAGAGAGUGGUCCAAGAUAGCCCACAUCCCUCUCGUUAAGAUUGAUGGCAGAUUCAUCUUUGACUCAGAAGGGGAAGAAUCCAGUAAUGACUUUGAGGAAUCCAAGUAUUAAGAAUGAACAGCAUGCGAUUGGGGUUCAACAGAGCCGUGUGUGGUGGGUCCACUAUGCAAUUCAUCUCCACGAACCACACAUCACGCUGUUCUGUUAUGGGCCUAAAGGAAGCCAUGAGGCAUGAUCUACUUUAUUUAUUUCAUGCUUUGCAUGUGUUUGGGCGUAAUGGUUAUAUUUGACUAAGAAACAAUCUCGAUGUAUUGGAACUUGGGUUUGUAUUUUUGUUAAUUUUCCUAUUUGGGAAUUUUGUACUUAUCAUUGGUAUUGCAUAGAUAUAAGAGGCUCUUUUGUUAGUGCUUGAA